CAGUCUGAGCCAUAAUUCACGCAAUUUAGGAGAGUCAAGCUUAACUCGAGAGGCCCUUUCUUCUCAACAACCGAACGCGUCCCGCAUUCUGCCGCUAUCUCAUGGUACAAGCCUUAUUCUGCUAGCGUAGGGCUAGCUACCAAGCCUGUAAGGGCGCUUAGGCCCGGCAAAGCCGCUGGAGAUGGCCUCCCGGGAGGACCAGCAGUCGCCGGGUGGCCUUAAGCAGGCGUUAUACUUGCAGCCAAAGCAGGCUCCAUCAGUACAUGCGCCGAAAGCAGCCAAGAAGCUUGCACAAGCACAAGCAGCAGCGAAUGUGUCGGCAACGCGGUCUCUGGCCCCUCUGGAGGCCACAGCUGGCGUGGAGAAGGCGCAGCAGAUCAGGAGCUCGCUGAAUGCUCUGGGGGCGAAGAAGGCCGCGGCCCUGGAGACGCUAAAGCGGACGCCUCAGUCGCCGAAGACGGAUGUUCCGCCUCUGGAUAAGCCGUUGCAGACGGCGCCGGCUCUGCGCGGCUCGGCGCGCCGGCGGGAAGGCGAGGGAUCGCCGCCCGGUGCUCUGGGCGGGGCCACGCGCGCGAACGGCGACCACGGCCCCGCGUCCCGGGUGCCCACCAAGCAGGAGCUGGGAGAGGCGCUGCCCUACGUCAAGCUCAUCUACACGCUGCGGGAGUACCCCAACACGGAGGACUUUGUGUACCUGCGCCGCAUGGACCGCAACCCCUCAGAGUACGACCCCUACGCCCUGGAGGUGGUGCCGUUCGCGGUGAUUGACCAGCGCGACUUCUACACCAUGUCGGUCCGCGGCAUCACCCACUACCUGGACGGCACCUCGGCGGACUUUGCCACCCUGGACCAGUGGGAGCGCGAGCUGCACCUGUUCACGCGGCUGAAGCAGCUCAAGAUGUUCAGGCUGUACAAGCUGUGGAAGGCCUUCCGGCUGUGGAAGCGCGCCGUCAACCAGCACAAGUUCGGCAAGGCGCGCGCCGCCCUGGAGCGCAACCUGUUUGCUCUGAGCCCCGUGUUUCAGGACCCGCUGCGGCGCUUCCACGGCCUGUGCUUCGAGCUCAGCCACAUGCGCAUGCAGAACCUGGCGCCCGGCGCGGUGUACACGCUGGACGAGUUCGUGUCGGAGCAGAGCGAGCACAAGGUGGAGGUGGAGGGGCGGCUGAUGCAGUUCCACCAGGACACAUUCAACACGGUGCUGCAGGCGUGCAGGGACGACCUGGACAAGCUGGAGGAGCGCCUGGCGGAGUUCAACAAGAAGCAUGACGAGAACGAGACGCAGCGCGCCGCCGACGCCUCCAAGCUGGGCCACAUAAACUUCUUGGCCAAGGCGGAGGCGGAGAAGGAGCGCGAACAGGGCCAGUCCGACUUCGCCUACACCAUUGCGGCGGCGCGGCGCUCGGAGCAGCGGCGCCUGCUCAACUUCAUCCGCCUGGCGGAUUACAUGGUGUGCGACACGCUGCACUCAGUGCUGCUGGAGUCGCUGCGCGAGCUGCUGGCGGGCACGCGGCCCAAGCGGCCCGUGCUGGUGUUCUUCAAGGAGAUGGACGACGCCGCAGAUGCCGAGGCCGCACGCGCCGCCGAGGAGGCCGCCAAGGCCGCGGCGGCAGCCGCCGGCAAGGACGGCGCCGCCGCAGGCGGCGCCGGCGGCGCCGGCGGCGCAGCCGGCGGCGCCUCUGGCGCCUCUGGCGCCGUAGGCGCCACUGCCGCGGGUGGCGCGGGUGGUGGUGGUGGUGGGAGUGACGCGCUGUUUCAGCUGGAGCUGCUGCUGGCUGACAACCAGGAGGACCUGCUGUACGACCCGCACCCGGAGGAGUUCUUUGAGGAGAUGCAGCGCAUCAUGGCAAACUACCUGGAGAGCCUGUGCGGCAUCACGCGGCUGUACGGCGACGGCACGCUGAUGGGCGUGGUGAUGGGUGACAAGGCGGGCGAGGUGGAGCCGGGCACGGAGCUGCAGGAGCUCAUCACUAACGAGAACUACGACGACCUGGUGGCGGCGGUGCGCGACAGUGUGGUGGAGGCGUUCCACUACGCGGAGGAGCACAAGGCCUGCUACCUGCCCUACCGUGACAUGGUGCUGUUCCACAGCACGCUGGACAUCGCGGGCCUGGCGCCGCUGUUCAAGGCCAAGGACGAGGCGGGGCUGAGGCCCGAGGACAGCAGCGCAGAGGCGGCCCAACAACAACAACAACAGCAGCAGCAGGGCGGCGAGGGCGACGCGGGCGCGGACGCCGAGGCAGCGGCCGCGGCGCAGCAGGCCGCCGCCGCCGCCGCCGCCGCGGCGCAGCGCGUGACGCUUUCCACCUUCCGCCAGCUCAUGGACCUGCUGGCAGAGCAAAAGGCGGCCAUGGAGGCCCUGCAGCCGCACCGCGAUGUGUCCAUUGUGCGGGUGGCGGUGGGCCACUUCAAGGACGCAGUCAUCCCCAGCCCCACCGCCUGCCUGGAGGAGAUGCACGCCAUGCUUCCCGCGCUCGCCGCCGACCUGUUCCACGAGUUCAUGAGCACGGUGCAGAACGCGCUCAGCAGGCUGCAGGCCCCCAGCAGCGCUGUGGAGGAGUACGUGGAGAAGCUUCAGUUCCUGGGCGAGGUGCGCGAGGCGGAGAAGCGGCUGGACGCCGCCUGCAACGAGAUCCACGACCUGUACGGCCUGGUGGACGAGUACGACAUCCCCGUCAGCGCCAUGGACCGCGCCGCCUACGCCACCAUGGACUCCACCUACAACACGCUCAAGACCACCAUGGAGGAGGUGGAGGGCGCGCGCGACGACCACGUGGCCAAGUACAGCGCCAACCUGGAGAACGGCAUUGAGGCCAUCAGCAAGGAGGUGGUGGAGAUCCGCAACGAGGCGCAGCAUGAGAUGGUGCUGUCGGACGAGUCCGAGCACGACAAGGUGGUGGCCUACCUGCAGCAGCUCAAGGAGGCGGUGGACCGCCUCAUCGCAGAGUCCUCCCGCAUCAACAAGUACCAGCGCCUGUUCAAGGUGCCGGAGACCAAGUCCGAGGACCUGGGCGACACCGCCGACGAGGUGGGCCUCAAGCUCAACCUGUGGCUGGGCCGCGCCGAGUGGGACGCCAUCACCGACAUCUGGUGCGCCACACACUUCGACAGCCUGGACAUGGCCGUGCUGGAGGACACCACCACACGCUUCCACAAGAUGGUGUACAAGAUGGAGCGCGGCCUGCCGCCCAACCGGCUGGUGCCGCAGUUCCGCACCGCCGUGGACGACUUCCGCAACCUGCUGCCCGUGGUGGCGGCGCUGCGCAACCGCGCGCUCAAGGACCGGCACUGGUCCAAGAUCUUUGACACCAUCGGGCAGCAGCUGGUUCGCGACGGCAGCUUCACGCUGCAGAUCCUGCUGGACGCCAAGGUGCAGACGUGGAAGGAGGCUAUCAGCGCCAUCAGCACCGAGGCCACGCAGGAGAUGGCGCUGGAGGAGCUGCUGGCCAAGGUGUCCAACAAGUGGGUGGACCUGGAGUUCAACGUCAUCCCGUACAAGGAGAGCAAGGACGUGUUCAUCCUGGGAGGCAUCGAGGACAUCCAGAUCGCGCUGGAGGACAGCAUGGUGACCAUGUCCACCAUCCUGGCCUCUCGCUUCGUGACCGGCAUCCGGCCCGAGGUGGAGAAGGUGGAGCGGCAGCUGACGCUCUUCGCCGACACGCUGGACGAAUGGGUCGCGGUGCAGAAGGCCUGGAUGUAUCUCGAGCCGAUCUUCUCCGCCGUGGACAUCCAGCGCCAGUUGCCUGUGGAGGCCAAGGCCUUUUUCCAGGUGGACAAGCAGCUGCGAGAGAUCAUGCGGCGCACCAAGGACCGGCCCAACGCGCUCAUGGCAGGCACGCACCCUGGCGUGCUGGAGACCUUCCAGAAGGCGAACGAGACGCUUGAGAAGAUCCAGAAGAACCUGGAGGACUACCUGGAGACCAAGCGCAUGGCCUUCCCGCGCUUCUACUUCCUGUCCAACGACGAGCUGCUGGAGAUCCUGGCGCAGACCAAGAACGUGCAGGCCGUCCAGCCGCACAUGGGCAAGUGCUUCGACGGCAUCCGCCGCCUGGACUUUGGCGAGGACCCCAAGUCCAUCGACAUCUUCGCCAUGAUCUCGGGCGAGGGCGAGCGCGUGAGCCUGGGCAAGAACACCAAGGCGCGCGGCAAUGUGGAGAAGUGGCUGGGUGACGUGGAGAGCGCCAUGAUUGCCAACCUGAAGAAGCUGGCCAAGGCGGGCUGGGUGUCUUACCCGGAGGAGUCGCGCAGCGGCUGGGUGCUCAAGCAGCCUGCGCAGCUGGUGAUCGCGGUCAGCCAGGUGUACUGGUGCCACGGCGUGGAGGACACGCUGCGCAGCCCCGACCCGCACCAGUCGCUUGGGGACUACCGCACGAUCAACGUGCGGCAGCUGGCGGACCUGACCCGGCUGGUGCGCGGCGACUUGUCCGGCCUGCAUCGCCGCAUCAUUGCGGCCCUCAUCACCAUCGACGUGCACGCACGCGACAUCGUGGACUCGCUAUACGCCGGCAACGUCACCGACAUCAACGACUUCCAGUGGCAGAUGCAGCUCCGCUACUACUUCGAGAACGAGGACCUCAUCGUGCGCCAGGUCAACGCGCGCUUCCUGUACGCCUACGAGUACCUGGGCGCGCAGCCGCGCCUGGUGGUUACACCCAUGACCGACCGCUGCUACCUCACCCUCACCGGCGCGCUGCACCUCAAGCUGGGCGGCGCGCCGGCCGGGCCGGCCGGCACGGGCAAGACCGAGACCACCAAGGAUCUCGGCAAGGCGCUGGGCGUGAACUGCGUGGUGUUCAACUGCGGUGAUAACCUGGACUAUAAGUUCAUGGGCAAGUUUUUCAGCGGCCUGGCGCAGUGCGGCGCUUGGGCCUGCUUCGACGAGUUCAACCGCAUCGACAUCGAGGUUCUGUCGGUGGUGGCGCAGCAGCUGCUGACCAUCCAGAACGCGCUCAAGGCCGGUAUGAGCUCCUUCAACUUCGAGGGCCGCAUGAUCCGCCUGGUGCCCACCUGCGGCGUGUUCAUCACCAUGAACCCCGGAUACGCCGGCCGCACAGAGCUGCCCGACAACCUCAAGGCUCUGUUCCGGCCCAUGGCCAUGAUGAUCCCGGACUACGCGCUGGUGGCGGAGGUGAUGCUCUUCAGCGAGGGCUUCGAGGACUCCAAGACCCUCAGCCGCAAGAUGGUCAAGCUGUACAAGCUGUCCAGCGAGCAGCUCAGCCAGCAGGACCACUACGACUUUGGCAUGCGCGCCGUCAAGUCUGUGCUGGUGAUGGCGGGCAGCCUCAAGCGCGCCAACCCCGACCUGUCGGAGGACGUGGUGCUAAUCCGCGCCAUGCGCGAUUCGAACCUGCCCAAGUUCCUGGUCGACGACGUGGAGCUCUUCCAGAACAUCAUCUCGGACCUCUUCCCGGGCCUGGUGGUGCCUGAUCAGGACUUUGGCGAGCUGGAGCAGAGCAUCCGUGCCGUGCUGGGCACGCGCGGCCUGCAGCAGCCCGCCAGCUUCGUGACUAAGGUCAUCCAGCUGUACGACACAAUGAACGUACGAUUCGGCGUCAUGCUGGUGGGCCCCACCGGCGGCGGCAAGACCGAGUGCUACCGCACGCUGCAGGGCGCCUGCACGCGCCUGCGCGCCGAGGUGCGCCACCCCAGCGAAAAGUACCAGGUCACGCACACCUACACCUUCAACCCCAAGUGCAUCAAGAUGGGCGAGCUGUACGGCGAGUACAACCUGCUCACCAACGAGUGGUCGGACGGGCUGGGCUCCACGCUCAUCCGCUCCGCGGUCGCGGACACCACGCCCGACCGCAAGUGGGUCGUGUUCGACGGGCCCGUGGACGCGAUCUGGAUCGAGAACAUGAACACCGUGCUGGACGACAACUGCACGCUGUGCCUGCCCAACGGCGAGCGCAUCAAGCUCAACCCAACCACGAUGCGAAUGCUGUUUGAGGUUCAGGAUCUCGCGGUGGCCUCGCCCGCCACCGUAUCGCGUUGCGGCAUGGUGUACAUCGCGCUUGAGGAGCUGGGCUGGCGCCCCUACAUCCAGACCUGGGCGGCGCAGAAGCUGCCGGCUGCUAUUCCGCAGACGGCGGGCGCGGUGGCGGAGGCCAUCUACGCCAUGUUUGACACAUACGUGGACGCGGGGCUGGAGUGGGUGCGCAGGAAGGGCAAGGAGUACAUCGCCACGGUGGACAACAACCUCACCACCUCGCUGGCCUACCUGCUGCAGAGCAUGCUGUCGCCGUCGCGCGGCUUCCAGUGGAGCGCCAAGCCCGAGGAGGUGACCAUGGCGCUCAACCGCAUCUUUGGCUUCUGCUACGUGUGGGCGCUGGGCGGCAACCUGGUCCACAGCGCCAAGGAGGAGUUCGACGAGUUCGCGCGCGACCACCUGCAGACGCUCUGCGCCUUCCCCGGCUCCGGCUCGGUGUUUGACCACCACCUGGACUGCCAGAAGCGCUUCCCGCCCGAGUUCAAGCACUGGACGGAGGUGGUGCCGGUGUUCUCCUACCGCCGCGACCUGCCCUACUUCCAGAUGAUGGUGCCCACGGUGGACACGGUGCGCUUCAGCUACCUGCUGGAGGCGUGCCUGGACGUGCAGCGCUCGGUGCUGUUCACCGGCGUCACGGGCGUGGGCAAGUCCGUGAUCACCGUGGCGGCGCUGGAGGACCUACGGGAGCGCAAGCACGUGGUGCCCUACACCAUCAACUUCUCGGCGCAGACGCAGGCCGUGGACACGCAGCUGCUCAUCGAGUCCAAGCUAGAGAAGAAGCGCAAGACGCGCUACGGCGCGCCCGUAAACAAGCGCAUCGUGUUCUUCGUGGACGACGUCAACAUGCCCGCGCGCGAGAAGUACGGCGCACAGCCGCCCAUUGAGCUGCUGCGCCAGUUCCAGGACUUCAAGGGCUUCUACGACCGCAAGAAGUUGUUCUGGAAGGACGUGGAGGACACCACCCUGUGCGCCGCCUGUGCGCCGCCCGGCGGCGGCCGCCAGGAGAUCACCCCCCGCUUCGCGCGCCACUUCACCAUGUUGUGCGUGCCGCCGCCCAGCGACGCCGCCACCAAGACCAUCCUGUCCGCCAUCUUCAACGGCUUCCUUUCCGACUUCCCUAAGGAGCUGUCCUCCUCCGCCUCACCCAUCGUCAACUGCUCCGUGGAGGCCUACAACAGGAUUUCCGAGGAGCUGCUGCCCACACCCGCCAAGAGCCACUACACCUUCAACCUGCGCGACCUGUCCAAGGUGUUCCAGGGGCUGCUCAUGAUCACGCCCACCACCUGCCAGAGCAAGGACACGCUCAUGCGCCUUUGGCUGCACGAGUCCUGCCGCGUGUUCCACGACCGCCUGAUUAACAACGAGGACAAGGAGUACUUUAAGAAGAUGCUGGUGGAGCUGUCCGGCAAGCACGGCCUGGGCAGCGCCAGCUAUGAGGAGCUGUUUGGGCACGGCAAGUACGUCAUGUUCGGAGAUUGGAUCAAGAUGGGCCUGGACCGCGAGGAGCGGCGCUACGAGGAGAUUGGGCAGGACGUGUCCAAGGUGGUGGCGGUGCUGGAGGAGUACCUGGACGAGUACAACCUGUCCAACACCAACGCCCUCAACCUGGUGUUCUUCAUGGACGCGGUGGAGCACAUCACCCGCAUCGCGCGCAUCCUCCGCCAGCCGCGCGGCAACGCCAUGCUGGUGGGCGUGGGCGGCAGCGGCAAGAGCAGCCUGACGCGCUUCGCGGCCUUCAUGGGCGGCUUCAAGACCAUCUCCAUCGAGCUCACGCGCGGCUACGGCUCCAACGAGUUCCGCGAAGACCUCAAGAAGCUCUACCGCACCGCGGGCAUCGAUGGCGAGAGCGUUGUCUUUUUGUUCAGCGACACGCAGAUCGUCCAGGAGGGCUUCCUUGAGGACAUCAACAACAUGCUCAACAGCGGCGAGGUCCCGGGCAUGUUCGCCCAGGACGAGAAGGACCGCAUCGUUGCGGACAUCCGCGAGUGGGUCACCGCGACCGGCGGCAACCCCAGCAAGGACGGCUGCUACACCGCCUUUGUCAACCGCGUCCGUGACAACCUCCACUUGGUGCUCGCGAUGAGCCCCGUGGGCGAGGCCUUCCGCGCGCGCUGCCGGCAGUUCCCCUCGCUCAUCAACUGCACCACCAUCGACUGGUUCAGCGCCUGGCCCGAGGAGGCGCUGCUGAGCGUGAGCCAGAAGUUCCUGGCUGGCACCGACCUGGGCGGCGACACCGUGCGCGACGCGCUGGCCAACAUGUGUGUGACGAUCCACACCAGCGUGUCCACCGCCAGCGACCGCUUCUACGCCGAGCUGCGGCGGCGCUACUACACCACGCCCAAGUCCUACCUGGACCUCAUCAACCUGUACCUGCAGCUGCUGAACGACAAGCGCGAGGAGCUGGCCACCGCCAAGGACCGGCUGCUCAACGGCCUCAACAAACUGAACGACACCAACGCGCUGGUCGACCGCAUGAAGCUGGAGCUGGCGGGGCUGCAGCCCAUCCUGGAGGAGAAGGCGCAGGCCACCUCCGAGCUGCUGGUCAAGGUGGCCGCAGACCAGGAGCAGGCGGAGAAGGUGAAGAAGGUGGUGGCGGCGGAGGAGCGCGACGUCAAGGCCAUGCAGGUGGACACGCAGGCCAUGGCGGACAGCGCCAAGGCCGACCUGGACGAGGCGCUACCGGCGCUCAAUGCCGCCAUGGCGGCGCUCAAGGCGCUGGACAAGAACGACAUUGUGGAGAUCAAGUCCUUCUCCAAGCCGCCCGCGGCGGUGCAGACGACCAUGGAGGCGGUGUGUGUGCUCAAGGGCGAGAAGGCGGACUGGGACACGGCCAAGCGCCUGCUGGGCGACUCCAACUUCAUGCGCUCACUGGAGGAGUUCGACAAGGACAACAUCCCGGACGCCUACAUUAAGAAGCUGCAGAAGUACGUGGAGGACCCCACCUACACGCCCGACCUGGUGGCCAAGGUGUCCAAGGCCGCGCGCUCGCUGUGCAUGUGGACGCUAGCCAUGAACACCUACCACCGGGUGGCCAAGGUGGUGGAGCCCAAGAAGAUGGCGCUGCGCACGGCGGAGACGCAGCUGGCGGAGGCCAACGCCAAGCUGGAGGACAAGCAGGCGGCGUUGCGCGAGGUGGAGGAGCGCGUGGAGGGCCUGCGCAACCAGCUCGCGAACGCACAGCGCGAGCAGCGCGAGCUGGCGGACCAGGCCGACCUCACGCGCAAGCGCCUGGAGCGCGCGGGCAAGCUGACCAGCGGCCUGGCCGAUGAGGGCGUGCGCUGGAAGGCCACGGCCGAGACCAUUGGCGAGCAGCUCAUCAAGCUGGUGGGCGACGUGUUCCUGUCAUCGGCCUGCAUCGCCUACUACGGCGCCUUCACGGGAGCGUACCGUCAGCAGCUGGUGUCGGGCUGGAUCGCGGAGUGCAAGGAGCGGGGCAUCCCGGUCUCAGACAACGCGACGCUGCGAACCACGCUGGGCAACCCCGUGGAGAUCCGCGAGUGGAACAUCUGGGGCCUGCCCACGGAUGACGUGUCGGUGGACAACGGCAUCCUGGUCACCCGCGGCAAGCGCUGGCCGCUCAUGAUCGACCCCCAGGGCCAGGCCAACAGCUGGAUCAAAGCCAUGGAGGCUCGCAACGGCCUGCGCUGCAUCAAGCUCACGGACGGCAACUUUCUGCGCACGCUGGAGAACUCCAUCCGCAUCGGCAACCCGGUGCUGAUCGAGGACGUGGGCGAGACGCUGGACCCCGCCCUGGAGCCGGUGCUGCAGAAGGCCAUCUUCAAGCAGGGCGGUCGCACGCUCAUCCGGCUCGGCGACUCGGAUGUCGACUACGACCCCAACUUCCGGUUCUACGUGACCACCAAGAUGUCCAACCCGCACUACCUGCCCGAGGUUUGCAUCAAGGUCACCAUCAUCAAUUUCACGGUCACAAUGAAGGGGCUGGAAGACCAGCUGUUGGGCGAGGUGGUGCGCAAGGAGCGGCCCGACCUGGAGGAGGCCAAGGACCGGCUGGUGCUGUCCAUCAGCGCCGACAAAAAGAUGCUGGGCGAGCUGGAGGACAAGAUCCUCAAGCUGCUCAAGGAGAGCUCCGGGAACAUCCUGGAUGAUGAGCAGCUCAUCAACACGCUCAACCACUCCAAGACGACCAGCAGCGUGAUCUCGGCACGUGUGCAAGAGGCGGAGGUGACAGAGCGCUCCAUCAAUGAGGCGCGCGAGCACUACCGCCCCGCCGCCACCCGCGGCUCCAUCCUGUACUUCGUGGUGGCCGACCUCUCCCUCAUCUCGCCCAUGUACCAGUUCAGCCUGUCAUACUUCGCCAAGAUGUUUUCAUAUUGCAUCGACAAGAGCGAGAAGGCCGACGACGUGCCCACGCGCCUGCACCUGCUCUCCGACUUUGUCACGCGCUUCAUCUACAACAAUGUGUCACGUGGCCUGUUUGAGGAGCACAAGCUUCUCUACAGCUUCCUGCUGUGCACCUCCAUCCUGCGGCACGAGUCCGCCGGGCCCGAGAUCACCGCGCCCGAGUGGAGCUUCUUCGUCCGCGGCGCGGGCGCGGCAGCGGCGGAGCCGCCGCGCGCCAACCCGCACCCGGAGUGGCUCACGCAAGCCAUGUGGACGGCGCUGUUCCAUCUGGAGCACGUGCUGCCGGAUCCGUUCGUGGGCCUGGUGGAGAACGUGGUGGCGGCCGGGCCCGAGUGGCGCGCCUGGUGCGAGGCAGACGAGCCACACCAGCUGCCACUGCCGGCGGGCUGGGAAGACAGGGUGGCGCAGAAGCGGCCCUUCUGCAAGCUGCUGCUGAUCAAGAUCUUCCGGGAGGAGAAGCUCAUCUUCGCUUGCGCGCAGUACGUGUCCGGCAAGCUGGGCGCCGAGUUCACCGAGCCGCCGCCCUGGAGCCUGGACGACGUUUUCCCUGACACCUCCUGCCGCACCCCCAUCAUCUUCAUCCUGUCCACGGGCGCCGACCCCACCGCCAUGCUGCAGCGCUUCGCGGAGAAGAACGGCUACGUGACCGGCGAGCGGCUGCACAUGAUCAGCCUGGGGCAGGGGCAGGGCCCCAUCGCCGAGAUGCUCAUCAACCAGGCCGUCAAGACCGGUGACUGGGUGUGCCUGCAGAACUGUCACUUGGCCAGCAGCUGGAUGCUGCGGCUGGAGGAGAAGGUGGAGGAGCUGUCCAAGGACAGCAGCAGCGUGCAUCCGGAGUUCCGGCUGUGGCUCACGUCGAUGCCCAGCAAGGUCUUCCCGGUGCUGGUGCUGCAGAACGGCAUCAAGCUCACCAAUGAGCCGCCCAAGGGCGUCAAGGCCAACGUGAACCGCACCUACAACGACCUCACGCUCGAGGCGCUCGCGGCCUGCCCCGCCAAGCCCGGGCCCUUCAAGAAGCUGCUGUUCGCGCUCAGCUUCUUCCACGCGGUGGUGCAGGAGCGCCGCAAGUUCGGGCCGCUGGGCUGGAACAUCCGAUACGAGUUCAACACAAGCGACCUGGAGUGCAGCGCCAUGACGUUACGCAUGUUCCUGUCGGAGCAGGAGAACAUCCCCUGGCCGGCGCUCGAGUACGUGGUGGGGCAGAUCAACUACGGCGGCCGCGUCACCGACGACCUGGACCGACGCUGCCUCAUGUCCAUCCUGAGGCAGUACAUCACGCCGCGCGUGCUGGACGAGGCGUACAAGUUCACGCCCAGUGGCCUGUACUACUCGCCCAACGCGGAGGGCAGCCUGGACGACUACCGCGAUUACAUCCGCGGCCUGCCCGUCACCGAGGCGCCCGAGGUGUUCGGCAUGCACGCCAACGCCAACAUCUCCUUCCAGCUGCAGGAGACGCGCAAGCUCGUGGACGCCGUGCUGUCCAUCCAGCCGCGCCUCAGCGGCGGCAGCAGCGGCAAGGGCAGCGACGAGGUCGUCUCGGAGCUGGCCGCCGAGCUGCAGGCCGCGCUGCCGCCACUGCUGACGCGCGAGGAGGCCGCUCUCGGACUGUUCGACCGCACCGAGGCGGGCCAGCUCAACAGCCUGAGCGUCGUGCUGGGCCAAGAAAUGGACCGCUUCAACCGGCUCAGCAGCGCGAUGGCGAGCAGCCUUGUGGAGCUACAAAAGGCAAUUAAAGGCCUGGUGGUGAUGAGUGGCGAGCUCGAGGCGAUGUAUAACAGCAUGCUGAACAACCAAGUACCGGAGGCCUGGGCGCGAUACGCCUACCCCAGCCUCAAGCCGCUGGCCAGCUGGGUCAAGGACUACCACGCGCGCAUCACCUUCAUGCGCGCCUGGCUGCAGGACGGCACGCCGCAGUGCUUCUGGCUGCCGGGCUUCUUCUUCCCGCAGGGCUUCAUGACGGGCGUGCUGCAGAUGCACGCGCGCAAGUACUCCAUCCCCAUCGACACGCUGUCCUUUGGCUUCGCGGUCACGCGGCACGAGAGCGCGGAGCAGGUGGCGGCGGCAGCCGCCGCCGGUGAAGACGAGGUGCCGGAGGACGGCAUCCUCAUCAACGGCCUGUGGAUCGACGGCGCGCGCUGGGACCGCACCGCGCAGGUGCUGGAGGAGAGCGAGCCGGGCGUCAUGUACGCGCCGCUGCCGGUGAUCCACUUCAAGCCCAUGCGGGACUACGAGCCGCCGGCCACGGAGUACGAGUGCCCGCUGUACAAGACGUCCGUACGCGCAGGCGUGCUGUCCACAACUGGGCAGUCCACCAACUUCGUGCUGUGUGUCAGCCUGCCCAUCCGGCCCGACACCAAUGGCGACUUUUGGAUCCUGCAGGGUGUGGCGCUGCUGUGCAUGCUGGAUGACUAGUGGGGCUGCCCGGUCGAUUGUGUGUGUGUUCGUGUGUGUUUGUGUGUGUGCAGAAUUUGGUGUUGGAGAGGUGGUGGGCAGGGAAGGCGGCGGAGGCAGAAGCUGCAGGGGCGGCUGGCAUGGCUGGUAGGUUCGCUUGGGUGCGUGUGUGUGAAUGGCGAGGUUAGAGGCAGUGCGCGCGGGUUAGGGGUAGGUAGAGUUCAAGUGUGUGAACGUUGCUGAGGUUAGUGCAAUGCGCGGGAACAACGGGCCACCGCACACCAGUGGGUGAUGGCCGCGCACGGUGCAAGCCUCUACACGGUUACUUGACUGACGAAGUGCUGGGCAAUUUCAGACACGUAUGACUGUGGACAUGUUCUGACAGAUACUUCGGGUGGUUGUGAAUCCAGAUCUGGGUUCAGAGCUGACGUUCUGAAUGGCUUUCUCGGUUGUGAAGCAUGAAGGGCCGCAAGAAAAGCACUGUUUGUGGGGGGGGCUACGGCAGACGUGGGAUUGAUGCCACAACGACUGUGAUGACCUGUGCAUGCUAUUAGACGUGCAGGGAAGCUUUUGCUCUUCAAGCAUGAUUACCAUGUAAGGCUUGCCUUCG